CCCACGCCGCCUCUAUCUCCACGCGAAAUCAAACAAGCCCCGCAAGAUUCGCCCACACCCCUGCCCCUCCCCCUCCCCCACCUCCCGAAACCCUAGCCCGACCUCGCCGCCGGCGAUGGCCGCAUGACCGAUGCGCCCCCAAGGAUUCGGCCGCCCCUACCCAGCGUCGCCGUGCCCGCCGCAGCAGCUGCAGCCGUUCUCGUAGCCGCCCUCGCGUCCUCCUUCCUCGCCCUGCUGCCCCGGCCGCGCGCCCCGGUCGCCGCGGGAUCCAGGGUCGCCAUGUCGAAGGCGAGGGUCUACGCCGACGUCAACGUGCUGCGCCCCAAGGAGUACUGGGACUACGAGGCGCUCACCGUUCAAUGGGGUGAGCAGGAUGACUAUGAAGUUGUCAGGAAAGUUGGAAGAGGUAAAUAUAGUGAAGUCUUUGAAGGCAUCAAUGUUAACAAUAAUGAGAAAUGCAUCAUUAAGAUACUCAAGCCUGUUAAGAAAAAGAAGAUCAAAAGGGAGAUCAAAAUACUUCAGAAUCUUUGCGGAGGUCCAAAUAUUGUGAAGCUGCUUGAUAUUGUCAGAGAUCAACAUUCUAAGACGCCAAGCUUGAUUUUUGAAUAUGUCAACAAUACAGACUUCAAAGUGUUGUACCCCACUUUGACAGAUUAUGAUAUCCGCUACUACAUAUAUGAGCUACUCAAGGCAUUAGACUACUGCCAUUCACAAGGCAUUAUGCAUCGAGAUGUCAAGCCCCACAAUGUUAUGAUAGAUCAUGAGCUCCGAAAACUUCGAUUGAUAGAUUGGGGCCUGGCUGAGUUCUACCAUCCAGGGAAGGAAUAUAAUGUUCGUGUUGCUUCAAGGUAUUUCAAGGGGCCUGAGCUUCUUGUUGAUUUGCAAGAUUAUGAUUAUUCUUUGGACAUGUGGAGCCUUGGUUGCAUGUUUGCUGGGAUGAUAUUCCGCAAGGAGCCAUUCUUCUAUGGUCAUGAUAACCAUGAUCAGCUUGUGAAGAUUGCAAAGGUACUUGGAACAGAAGCACUGAAUUCUUACUUGAACAAGUACCAUAUUGAGCUUGAUCCUCAGCUUGAAGCUCUUGUGGGGAGGCAUAGUAGAAAACCAUGGUCAAAAUUCAUUAACGCGGACAACCAACAUCUAGUAUCUCCUGAGGCUGUAGAUUUUCUUGAUAAACUUCUACGCUAUGAUCACCAAGAUAGGCUCACUGCACGUGAAGCUAUGGCACAUCCGUACUUCCUUCAAGUGAGAGCUGCAGAGAAUAGCAGAGCACGACCGCAAUAAUCUUUUGCACCUGGUAAAAUGCUACUGCUCUUAAUACUAGCAACAUGAUCCACGACUGAGUUACUACUUUUCAGUUGAAUGUGUGGACGAUCGUGGAAGAGCUUGUAGCCGUGUAUUUGUAAACUGUAAUUCACUCCGAUGGUUUGCGUUUGAUGAAUGAUGCACAUAAUUAUUUCUGUAAGGGUGUUAACAAUGUUUAAAAUGCAACAUUACUUGUGACUGCAUGA